AUGUCGACGAUCGUACAUUCCUUGCGAGACUACCGCCCCCCUACGCGGGCGCAACAAUUUGCACAUGCAUUUGGCCUGCCACCUACAGAAGGACCAUAUGUAGACGAGGCAGGAAACCGAGCGGAGAUCCUAUCAGCCAUCUUGUCCCUCUCAAAUCCUGACUCGAAUGAAGUUCGAGAGGAUCUGGUGUUUGCCGGUCGACUUACGCUGACGCCCUCGUUCUUGUGCUAUGCAAGCCAAGGAGAUCGUGGCCGCGGCUGCCGUGUUGCCAUUCCACUUGCGACUAUUCGUCGCGUUGAACGGCUUAAUACACGUGAUGCUGUCUUUGCGCUGAGCAUCACAGUCUGGCACGGCAUGCAGCUAGUGUUCCAGCUCAAUGCAUUACGACCAUCUUGCGAGGGAUUCUGUAAUGCAAUGCGCGAUCGAUUACGCGCACAUCUCGGUGAAAUGAAGCAGCUGAAGCCAUUCCUCGCCACAUGCUACAGUGAGGCGCUUUUGCAGGGUGCAUUGGACACGCACGUCAGUGCUAAGGGCAAGCACCGUGAAGACGUACAAGAGGGCAUGGGUGCGGCGACUUCAUCAGAACCAUCGUCCUCAUUGACACCACCAUCAGCCCCCGCAGAUGAAACGCCUAUGUAUCAAAUAGGACUCGGUGCAUCAUUCGGUUUUCCAGGCGAUCCGAAAAAGCUCAAGGACAAGAGCAAGACUCGUCUGUGGACGGAGUACUUGCGCACGCAUGGUCGGAACAUCACGAUUGUAAGGUAUCCACAAUUCACUCGGCUCGUACAAGUGGGAUUGCCGAACAUGCUGCGCGGUGAGCUCUGGGAGGUCGCAAGUGGCUCGAUUUUCCAGCGGAUGGCGCAUAGUGGUGAAUAUGCUGCUAUUUUAAAAGAGCAUGAAGGUCAGUCUAAUACAAGCAUGGAGGAAAUUGAAAAAGAUCUGAACCGGUCACUUCCUGAAUACGCUGCGUACCAAACGCCCGAGGGCAUUGAAACACUCCGUCGCGUUCUGGUGGCAUACAGCUGGAAAAAUCGCGAAUUAGGCUAUUGCCAAGCAAUGAACAUUGUUGUGGCUGCUCUACUGAUUUACAUGUCAGAAGAACAAUGUUUCUGGAUGCUCGAUACGUUGUGCGAGCGCCUUCUGCCCGGCUAUUACACUCAGAGCAUGUCUGGCACAUUGCUCGACCAGAAAGUGUUUGAACACCUCGUUCAACAGACGAUGCCCGUGCUGCACGAGCACUUUAUUAAGUAUGACAUGCAAUUGAGCAUCGUGACACUCCCGUGGCUGCUAUCUUUGUAUAUCAACAGCAUGCCGAUGGUGUUUGCAUUUCGUAUUGUCGACUGUUUCAUGGCAUUUGGCUCGCAGGUGCUCUUCCAAAUCGGCCUGGCCAUCCUCAAGAUCAACGGCGAAGCAAUCCUAAGCGUGACGGACGAUGGCACUCUCAUUGGUCUAUUGCGCAACUACUUCCGCACGCUCGGCGAUAGUGCCUAUCCCGAAAGCCGAGAUGAACGCCGGCAACAAAUCACGCGGUUCCAGCAACUAUUGGUUAUUGGCUUCCGCGAGUUUGGCAUCAUAACGAAUGACUUGGUUGACCAAGAACGCAAGCGAUUCCGCCAGCAGAUUGUGCAAGAAAUCGAGGGAUUCGCACGCCGCAGUGCCAUCCGGAACCUCAAGGACUACGGUCACUUUAGCAAGGCGCAGGUGAGUCUAAUUUAUGACCAUGUCGUCGAGUCUAUUUACCGUGCUCGAAAUGCGCCCGACUCACUGACCGGUGGCGAAAAACCCGUCACAGUGAGCGAUCCGAAGCAGGACCUAAAGGAAAUGCGCGUGAACUUCACGACGUUCCGCAUUUUCCUCAGUGAGAUGGCGACGUGGGCACGCGAUGAAUAUAUUGUCAUGAAUGGGCUUCAAGAACGUAUUGAGCGCCGCAUACCAGACCAGACGUUUGCUAGACGCCUUUUUGACUUUUGGGAUCGUGAACACUGCGGCUCUUUGACGCUGCAAAACAUCAUCACGGGUCUCGAUGAAAUCAUGUUCCUUGACUGUGAUUUGGCAGGUACCACCGCUUGGUUCUUCCGCUUACAUGCUGGGGGCAAAGAGAAGCUUUCGAAAAACGAUGUGCUUGCAUUGUCUGAAUCGCUCUUGUUCAUGUUCCGAAACGAACCUGGUGACGAGCAUCUUGGUUCCGUUUCCGCGCUCAUCACGCAGGCAUUUGAGCUUGGUGACGAUGAGUCCAAGACCGCCUAA